CCGCGACGCUAAACCCGCCGUGUGGGCAGACAUGUUCCCGUCCCUCUUAUGAAAGCGACGUAAUAUCGACGCAGAAGCAUUUCCGGGGUUUCAGUGAUAAAUCAUAGCGUUGCUUUAUUGGCGAAGAACAAAGGGAAGCCAUGACCGAGACGGGAGAAAAGGAGGAGGAGGCUCGCAGCGACGCCCCUGUGAGUGUCGCUACAUCGCAUGCGGAGGGAGAUGAAACUGUGACCGUCGAAGAGCUCGAGGAAAAGCUGAAGGCGUCUCAGAAGGAGACGGCGAAGGCGCGGGAGGAGAUAUCGACUCUCCAACAGCAGCUGGCCACUUCCGUCCCGCGUGCUGAGGCUCUGCUUGCACGCAGGGACUUGGAACGACGUAUCGACACUCUCGUAAGGGACAACCAGGCACUGACGGACAGCGUGGAGCAUGAGCAACGGGAGAGGGAGUGGCUGGAGGGGGAGCUGAGGGCGCAGUACGAGGCCGCCGAGAGCUCCGAGCAGGAGAUGAUGAACCUGCAGACCUUCGUCAGGAACCUCCACUCGCUGGUGGAGGAAAAGACCAGAGUCAUCGAAGUGCAGAAGGAUGAGCGAGAAGCAAUCACGAAGCAGCUGGAGGAGGGGAAGGAGGAGGUCCUGCGGCUUCGCAAGGAGGCGGAAGGGCGCAUGAGGACCCUGUCACGGCUGGAAUCUCUGUAUAAGGAUUCUUCCAGUCUGGCGAAGACGCGGGAGGAGGAGGUGACCCGCCUGCAGAAAGAGACGUCGAUGGCCAAACGUCAGUACGAUCAGCUCGAGAAAACGGUUCGGCGUCAGGACCAGAACCGCGCUGACGUGGAGGGUCAAGUUCAGAAUCUUCGUGGUCAGCUGAAGGUAGCGGAGAAGCAGGCGCUGACGGAGGGGCGGCAGGUGCAGAAAAUAACCAGAAAAGUCGAGAAGAUCAAGCGGGAGCGAGAUGUCCUUCACCGAACCUAUGUCAAGACCCUAGUUAGGGAUGAGCGAGAAGCAAUCACGAAGCAGCUGGAGGAGGGGAAGGAGGAGGUCCUGCGGCUUCGCAAGGAGGCGGAAGGGCGCAUGAGGACCCUGUCACGGCUGGAAUCUCUGUAUAAGGAUUCUUCCAGUCUGGCGAAGACGCGGGAGGAGGAGGUGACCCGCCUGCAGAAAGAGACGUCGAUGGCCAAACGUCAGUACGAUCAGCUCGAGAAAACGGUUCGGCGUCAGGACCAGAACCGCGCUGACGUGGAAGGUCAAGUUCAGAAUCUCCGUGGUCAGCUGAAGGUAGCGGAGAAGCAGGCGCUGACGGAGGGGCGGCAGGUGCAGAAAAUAACCAGAAAAGUCGAGAAGAUCAAGCGGGAGCGAGAUGUCCUUCACCGAACCUAUGUCAAGACCCUAGGUACUGUCCAGAAGCACGCAGGUUUGGUCCACAUCCGGGAACUGGAGAGACAGAACGCCGAGCGUGAAUUGGCGCGAAUCAGGAGGGACCUCGGGAAGCAAGACGCUCUCAUCACGGCGCUGCAACAUGCUAGGGACAGACAGGUGGAGGAGACAGCCCGCGUGGAGUCGCGCGUGGUGGACUUGGCAGCCGAGGUGGAAGCCCGGGGGCGCGAGGUGCAAAGGAGCCUCCACACGCAGGCCAUCACCCGGGCGCACCUUCAGCAGGCCAGCACGCUCUCAGAGGCCCUCAAGACGGACAACUUCAUCCUCGGCAGGCAGCUCAGGAAUGUGCAGACGGAAAAAGAAGAGGUGGUCGAGGAAUCCCGCAAGGCCGGCUACCAGGUCAAGAAACUCCAGCAGAACCUCAAUAACCGUGACAUCGACAUCCAAAAGCUUUCGUCAGAAAUCGGUAAGUUGGAGCGAGACAAAGACCAGCUGCGAACGGCGGAGAAAAAGGCGAAGGAUGUGGCUGACGAGCGCCAUAGGACUAUCCAGUACGCUGAGGGAGAGAAGCUCGGCCUUACCAGAAUCCUACACGACCAGGAGGAAACCGUCAAAACCCUAAAUAAGGAUCUCGAGGAGGAACGAGAGCGACGCGGCGUUGUGGAGACGCAACUGGCCCGACGUAACGACGAGGUGAGGGGACUGCGGGAACGUGUUCACUUGCUCGAGCACAUCCUACACAAGGGGGACAAGGAUUACGCGAAUAGACUGAAGGACGUCAACACACUCACCAUCGAGGUCACGGCACUCAGGGACGAGAGAGAGGUGUUGUCCCGCCACGUCAAGCUCGUGGAGUCCCUGAAGGUGGAGCUGGUGCGCCUCCAGAGGGAACUGAUCACGUCGCAGAACAAGAGAGCGGUGAUGGAGGAAGAGGUGGUUCGGCGGGAAAAGGCGCAUCGCUGGACGACGCUCAAGGCCUCCGACCCCAGCACCUACGACCUGCUCCGAAAGAACCAACUCCUUCAGAAACGUCUCGUGGCGGCAACGCAAAGGGCAGCGGCGAGCGAGACGGAGGUGGCUCACAAGGAACGCGAAGUCGAAGAACUCAGACGGAUGUUAGAGCGCACGAGCGUCCAGCACCCGGACGUCGGCGCCACCAGGUCGCAACUCAUUCAUCAGCUCCGCGCCAAGGACGAUCAGAUAAAGAGCGUGACAGCUGCAUUGAACACGGCGGUGCUGGCGCAGGAGGAGGCCGAGCAGGACCGGCGUCAGCUGAAAGAGCAACUGGCCGCCACCAGACGCAGGCUGAGCAAUCUACUGCGGCGGCAACAUCGUCGGUCGGCGUUGGGUCAGCGGCAGAGCGGCAGCCACGGCGACGGAGGCGGCGAGCAGGCGGACAACGAGGCGGGGGCGAGUGCGCUCAGGAGGAAUGGCUGGGUCGGGCGCUCUCGUCACACGUAGCAGACAUGAACAUAAAUUCAGUGUCAAUCUGUUAUCUCACUUUCAUAGUUUCUUGUUCUUUACUCAGGGACGUAAAUAUAUUAUGAAUGAAAGUGCCCAUCACAUCGUCAUCCUGUUAUUAAAGUUUGUUAAUCUUC